AUGGCUUACAACACAUUCACCAGUUUAUGGGCGCCCCCCAGCGUCAACCCCCUAACCUAUAAGGCAUUAUCUGUUCCGAUAUUGAACCCAUUCGACAGCUAUGGAAGGGUAUUCUUCUUCUCAUGGUUCGGGUUCUUCGUGGCGUUCCUGUCAUGGUUCGCUUUCCCGCCACUGUUAACCGAUACUAUCAAAAAGGACCUUGGUAUGAGCCAGACACAGGUGGCCAACUCAAACAUUGUCGCACUUCUAGCUACUCUGCUCGUACGAUUUAUAUCCGGACCGCUUUGUGAUCGAUUUGGACCUCGUUGGGUGUUUGUUGGCCUGUUGAUGUCUGGUGCUAUUCCAACUGCUAUGGCAGGUUUAGUAACAAACCCUAAUGGUCUAAUCGCGCUGAGGUUCUUCGUUGGAAUUCUUGGUGCCAGUUUUGUGCCCUGUCAAGUAUGGACGACUGGGUUCUUUGACAAGAGUGUGGUUGGUUCUGCAAAUGCUCUGGCUGCAGGACUGGGAAAUGCUGGAGGCGGUGUGACGUACUUUGCGAUGCCAGCGAUAUACAAUUCUCUCGUUUCCGACGGCCUCACCAGGCACCAAGCAUGGAGAGUGGCAUACGUUGUGCCGUUUGUCAUUAUCGUCGUUAUCUCCUUGGGCAUGGUGUUCACUUGCGAUGACACGCCAACCGGCAAAUGGUCUCAACGCCACCUUGCAGGAACUGAUACUCCUAUUACCACCACAUCAGCCCUAGAACGUGGAAACUUCUCUUCGGGAGCUACAACCCCGAAGAAAAUGCAGGAAAAAGUGCAAACUGGGCUAGACACCGAAGCCCAAGUUGAUAGUUCCAGGGGCCGUGUUUUGGAAGAACUGGUAGUGGCACCGACAUGGAAAGAGACCUUGCAAGUAAUUUUCAGCCUUCCGACAUUGUCUCUUGCUGUUCUGUACGCCUGCACUUUUGGAGCCGAACUGUCCUUUGACAGCUUUCUGGGGAGUUACUACUCCAAGAACUUCCCUACAAUGGGCCAAACCAAAUCCGGCGAGUGGGCAGCCAUGUUUGGACUUUUGAAUGUCGUUACUCGACCUUUGGGUGGAUAUGUUGCAGAUUAUGUUUACCGCCACACCAAAUCUGUCUGGGCUAAGAAGAUUUGGUUGACCUUUUUGACCAUUGUUUCUGGCGCAUUUUUCCUCGCCAUCGGACUGACUAACCCGAUGAGCGAGGCGACAAUGUUCGGGUUAGUCGCUGGAGCGGCAUUUUUCCUCGAAGCCGCCAACGGAGCCAACUUUGCCCUUGUCCCGCACGUCUAUCCCUUUGCUAAUGGAAUCGUGUCUGGCCUUGUAGGCGCCUUUGGCAACUUCGGCGGGAUUAUCUUCAAUAUCGUCUUCCGAUAUAAUGGAACGGAUUAUGCGCGGUCAAUCUGGAUCGUGGGGGUGAUCACCCUGGUUCCGCACAAUGAGAAGAUGACCAUGUCGGAGAAGGCUGCCAUCACCAUGAAGCAGGACGACAACGUCAGCAAGAAUGUGAAUCCCCGAUCGCGCGUGUUUCGUCCCUGCCUGACAUGUCGUCGCCGCAAGAUUAGUUGCGACAAAGCCAAGCCCAAGUGCAACAGAUGUGCCCAGACUGGAUACCAGUGCGAAGGUUAUGGCGAAGAGCGCCAUUUCGUCUAUGUCAUCCCCACCCGAGCUUCUGCCUCGAGCACAGAAACCCAGAAAAUGAAGAAAGUCACCCUCAGGUCGUCCCGACAGUUGCCGCCGGACCAGCAGCUGCGGCAGUAUCAACAAAGCCAGCCCCGUCCGCAGUUCCCCACCGCGGUCAACCCGGCGAAUGCAAACCGUUUGCAGAUUCUGUCUUAUUUUCUCGAACGCUAUCUGCCCGACCGACCGUUGCAGCAAAGGGAAGACAAGACGGCUUUAACUUGGAUAAGAGGUUUGCCACAGAAUCUUGGGAAAUGGACGUUCUUGGACAUGGCUCUGUCGGCCUUGUCGCUGUCAUACAUCGGAGAUCUUUACCAGAAGAACCAGUCAAUUUCACGGCAGGGUGAGCGUUUCUAUGAUGAGACCUUGAUGCACGUGAGAGCACGACUGCAUCGAAGUCAGGUUGACGAUGGCAUGCUUGCUACCUGCAUGUGCAUGUCCAUAUACGAGGUUUGGGAUUCAUACGGAAGUGGCAGACCCACAUUUUUGGCCAAACCUGAAUGGCGCGGUCUAUCCGAUGCCCCAUAUGAUCAGCUACUCGAUAUCUUAGUUCUCCUUCCUUCGUUACUAGCAAAGUCAGACCAGAUUGAAUCCUUAGCGGCGAGUGAUAACGAUAAUGCGGCGGCCGUAAAGAAGCUCUUGUGGAAAUGCUAUGCUCUGCGAGAUGAAUUGGUCACCUGGUAUGAGGCUUUCCAAUCCAAGGAAACAGAGCCCCUUUUCUACCUAGAGCCGGAAGAACAACAUCCGUAUCUCGACCCCGAAUCCGAUCUAAAUGAGCUGUUUCCGGAUACUGUCACAUUUCGGACGCCUUAUAUAGCUGACAUACUGAUGUUAUAUUGGUAUGGGGAAGUCGUUGUCCACAGCGUCAUGUCGCAUGUGCAUCGAUAUGUCUGGGAACAAGCCCAGAAUAACGGCCCCUCAUCGCAAAUGGCACAGCAGCUGAUAGCUGAUGAAACGAUAUCAAAUACUGAGACAGUCGGAGAGUACUUCGCGUCCAAGAUAUGUCAAGCCAUGGCUGGGUGCGGACGGAACAGUCUCCAAGGCUACGGUUUUCAGAUAGCGUUGGUACCCCUAUGGGCGGCUCAGGAGUACUAUUUCUCACGUUCACCACAGAAGUAUCUGUGGUGUCGAACAGUGCUUACUAAUUUCAGCACAAAAGGGUUUGUGUUGGCUCAGAAUCUCGGUUCCUUGCCGUUGCGACAAUAUCCAGGACGAUAUGUGGAAGCCUAUUCCGCGACUGAUGACGCGGUUUAG